AUGAAAGGCGCGCGUGCGCUAUCGAAACGAUUCCCAACUUCUUAUAGUCAUUUUCUACUCCGCUCCGAGCGAUUCCCAUUGAGGAAAGUCCAACGAAGCGAUCGAGCGAUCAGAGGACCUCCCGACUUCGACCUCGAUAGAGGUAACACGUAUUACUCAAUCGAAGAUUAUAACAUGGAAAAUGUAAAUACUCUUAUGCAACAAAAUGUCACGUUCACUCUCACAGAAAAUGUAAAUUCACUUUCGGACAAGGUGCCCCGAUGCUACCGACGUGGUCGCGAAUAA